AUGUCGUACGGCGACGGCUUCAAGCGGCGAAAGGUGGAGGGCGACAACACCUUCAAGCCCUCGACACGCUUCAUGCCUCUGGGCGGCCGCAGCUACACCGUCUCUGUAGCCAUCCCGACGAGUCUCCUGUCUGACUGCUCAACAUCCGAGCAGAGAAUCAACGCUCCCUCGCGCAUCGCCCGUGCCCUCGCCAUCUUCUCCAUCGACGAGGUCGUCAUCUUUGACGACAGCCCGCUCGACAGCCGCCCGCCCGCCGUCGACCACGAUGCCUACACCGGCGACACCGACCCGGGCCACUAUCUCUUCCACUUGCUCUCCUACAUGGAGACGCCGCCCUUUAUGCGCAAGACCCUGUUCCCCUUGCACCCCAAUCUCCGCCUCCAGGGCCUCCUGCCCACCCUCGAGAUGCCCCACCACCCCCACCGCGACGAGCAGCUGCCCUACAUGGAGGGCUUGAGCCUGCCCGGCAAGCCCGACAACCCGGCGCACAAGACCCUGGUGGACAUUGGCCUGCGCAAGCCCGUGUCCAUCGCCGAGGCCAUCCCGCCCAAGACCCGCCUGACGCUGCACUUCCCCCACGAGUCCUUUGACGGCGCCUCGCCCGUCGACCCGGCCGCGCCCCGCACCGAAGCCGGCUACUACUGGGGCUUCCAGAUCCGCCGGUGCUCGUCGCUGUCGGGCGUCUUCACGGAGGCGCCCUACGAGGGCGGCUACGACGUGAGCAUUGGCACGUCGGAGCGCGGGGACCCGGCCUCCCAUGUCUUUCCGCGAGCCGCGACGCCCGCCACCGACCCGCCCUCGCUUGCGUUUGAGCACCUGGUGAUUGUCUUUGGCGGCCCGCGGGGUCUCGAGUACGCGGCCAUGAACGACGGCGAGCUGAGCAGUGUCGGCAUCAAGGUGGCCAAUGUGCGCGAGGCGUUUGACCACUGGGUGGACGUGCUGCCGAAUCAGGGCAACCGCAGCAUCCGGACGGACGAGGCCAUCUUUAUUGCGCUGACCGAGCUGCGGCGGCUGUGGUCGGAGGUGUAG